AUAUCAGCAGGUAGUUUUUUAAAUCACGUUACUAGUGUAACAAAAUCAUGGGCGACAUGUUAAUCCGUGUCUAAAAUCAUAAGGAUUCAGAAGGAAAUGCCGAAACAAAAAUCUGGGAUAAGAAAUGAAUCGUUUGAAAUGGAAGAAAUGGAAGAUAGUUCACUGUGGGUUUUCUUAAAAUUAUAGUUUUCUAACAUAAAAGUUCUCAUUCACGCCAUAGUGUCAAGAAGGCUACAAGGAGAAAGCUGAAUAAAAGACAGCCUGAUAGUCAAAAAGCAAUUUUUUGUGAAAGAACUAUUGAAACAAACGAAGGGAUUGGUAGCCAAGACGGAAUCCUUGAAAUUGUUAUUUAUAGAACUGAUCGGCUCAAGGUGGUUCCCUCGACAUGUCAUUUAUUUGUUCGGAUUCACAUUAUGGAUACUGAAACAGAAGACUACAUAAAAUGUGACAAAAAAGUCUCUGAGUCUAUGGAAGAACAGUCAAUUUACGUACUGCCUGUCAAAACAAAGCUGGCCAAUACAAAAUAUCAGGAUUUACUUAUGCCCGUAUGGGAUGAAAUAAUCAUUAUCAACGAAGCCUUUCGCACUUUUGCCAAUAACAAGAAUGUUAUUUUGUUUUUUGAGAUUCUUGAUUCAAUUGGAAAUAUGUUUGGAAGAAGUAACAGUGACAACGUCAAAACAUCUAGUGGGCAAAAUAUUAGCUCCCUCAUGACUGCUUGGGCAUUCCUUUUGCUGACGAAUUCUAAUGGCCAAUUAAAUACUGGUCCUAGAAAGCAACGAUUACAGCUUUAUGAGCCUAUUAUUAAAACAUCCAAUUAUCCCCUAGAAAAAUUAGGAAACUUGCCAGUUGGGAAAAUGUCAAGUUUAAGUAUUUUGCAAAAGCAUCAACUACUCGCAAACGCCAGCUUCAAUUUAUUGGAAAAUAACGCAGUUGAAUCGGGUUAUCAUUUGUUAUCAUGUUGGAAAUCUGGAAGCCGAUAUAGAGUACCCUACCCUUCAUCACUUUAUGUAACCGUUAAGGAAACUGUUAGAAAAAAGUCUUUAGAAAUGCAUUCAGAUGACAAAAUGGACUCAAAUCAAAACAUUUCUUUCCAAACAAAGCAGUCAGAAAUCUUUGUGCAACCCAAUAUAAACACAAGAGAGUCAGCACAACAUAAGAUUUUACCGAAGAGUGAAAGUAGUGCUUUGAAUGCUAUGAGUGAAAAUGAACUAAGUAAACUACAGAAGUCAUGGACUAGAAAAUCUCAUCAACCAUGUCGUAUUCCAAACAUACUUGUUGGCUAUGGGGUAACAACAUGUAUAAAAACAGAUGGUAAUUUCGAGUUCUCACUAGAUAUGGAAACAAAUAAAAGAUAUUGUACAUCGACAAAAUCUUCUGGAGCUCAGUGUUUGGCAUUUUCGCCAGAUGGUAAAUGGUUAGCGGUUGGAGUUAUACGAAAUUUACUGCUGAAUAAUACAACUGCGACUCCUACGAAAAAUAAAACAAAUAGAAUGGACUGUUCUGUUCUAAUCUAUAAGUUCCCAUUCGAUAACAAACGGAGCCAGCCAAAUUUAGAGCUAGCAGGACAUUCAGAUAUAAUCUAUUCUAUAGACUGGGCUAAAACUCCAGUGAUCCAAAACCAUAAAAAUAAAUCUACUCAAAAGUAUUCCAGUAAAGAUUUUUCUAAUACAAAAAUAUUUUGGAUUCUAUCAUCCGGUUCAGCUGAUGGGACUGUGAGAGUAUGGAGAUUACAUUUUAAUCAAGUGUAUGAAAAUUUUACCAAUGAUCCUGAUACUAAUAUAUCUGUUCCAUCUGAUACAUCAAAAUCUCCAUUUCAAGUUGGUCAAAUCAUUAACGGAUCAUCUCACAAGAAAGGUAUUUUAUGUAAUGUGCUUGGUCAUCCGAAUUUCGUGUAUAGCGUAGCAUUUAAACCGAUAUCUAAAGAAUUAGCUUUGAAUGAUUUUCAAGUUCUUCAAACUUUGAUAAAUCGAGAUCAUCUACUUGCAACAGCAUGUUAUGAUCGUGUUAUUCGUUUAUGGAGUAUUAAACACAAUGAAACUCAAUUACUACAAGAAUUGAAUGGAGUACACCAAUCACAUAUAAAUAGUUUAACAUUUGAUACGGAUGGAUCACGCAUAUACUCAGGUGAUGCUUUAGGUCUGAUUGUCAUCUGGAAAGAAACAACUAAUCAACAACAAAAACAAGUUAAAUGUCAGUCCAAAUGGAUGUUUGAGAAAAAAAUUGAAGUUCGAGAAUUAGAAAUGUGUAUAAUCAAUCAUUUAGAGUUUCAUCCUACACUCAAUCUUUUACUCGUACACACAAGGGAUAACUGUCCAAAAAUGCUUGAUUUAAGAUCAAAUUUUAUCACAACAAGAUUUCAUGGGGCUUUGAAUAAUACUGAAUUAUUACGUAGUUGUAUUUCACCAUGUGGUUCAUUCUUAUUUUCUGGUUCCGAAGAUCAAAAUGUUUAUGUGUGGAAUGUCAAUACAGGUGAUCAAGUUGCAUGUUAUCAAAAUUUACAAUUGCCAGGAUCUGUCACUUCAAUAAGUUAUCAUCCUAAGGAUAAUGUGAUAGCUUUUGCCGCCGUUGGACCAGACUCACCAAUUGCUAUAUACGCAUACAAUAUAAAAGCUAAUCAGUUGGCAACAUUAUCUCAAGAAAUAAAUAAAGAAAAACUGCCAUUUUAUGAAGAGGAAUUGAACUACAUUGAACAACCACCUGAUAUUCUUGCAUCUCAUGUCAAGUUUAAACAACGUGAUGUUGAACGAGUAUUACUUGCAAUGUCUAAACUAGAUAGUGUUCUGAACGUUUCCAAACCCUUAGCAAGAUAUCCUCAAAACAAUUUACAUGAAUUAGAAUGGAGACCAACAUUUACUGUAAUUGAUGAGGUUCCUCAUCUACCAAGUACAGCAGAUAAAUUGGAUUCAGUAAAAAAUGAUGCUAUCAGGACACAAACAUCUGAGAGUACCACAACCGUCUUCACAGCGCUAUAUGAUUAUCGAGCUCAGAGGUCUGAUGAAUUGAAUUUCAAACGUGGAGAUAGGUUGAAAAUAUUGUACAAAGAUACUCCUAGAUGGUGGAUGGCAAAACUGGCUGCUACUGGUCAACAAGGAUUUGCACCAGCUAAUUAUAUCUCAGAGGAUAUUCAUGGUAAAGAUGAUGACAACAGUCAACAGCUCGCUUCAACAAACAAGCACAAUCCAUCAAAUUUGUCUGAAACACAUUUAAAACAUCUGGAUUUAUCAGAAGAACAAAUUCUUAGUAAAUUUAACAAUAAAUCUGGUUCAGUGAACAAUAAUAAUUUGCACUUAUGGGAUUCUGGUUUAAUCGAUGAUAACAUCAAUUAUUCGAAAAACUCACAAACUCAGUCUAAUUAUAUGGGUCUUUCUAAUAUAGACAUGAAGCCUAUUACACUAAGUUCCGGUUCAAUGAAAAAACGUAAGAGUUCUGCAAGACCUUUACCCACGUUAAAUUAAGUAUUAAAAUGUAUUGUUGUUAUACUCUUCAGUAUUAAUAUUAUCCUAUUUUCUUUUUUAAAUUGCUUUUUCUAUAUUAACGAAGUCUGGUUGCGUUUUCUUACUACUUUUUUAAGGCAUGGGAAUUAUGUGUAUUAUUUCAUCUAACAAAUGUAACAAGGAGGAAUUCAGAGUGUAUUAUGUUUAGGAAUAAACCAGUACAUUUAAAAUACAAAUUUAUCAGCACGUGUAACGAAAGAGCUCUAAUCUACAAAUUAUUAAGUGGUGUCUAACAAGAUUUUUCAUAUCUCAAAUAAAAACGUAUUCAAC